GCGUUAAGUGCAAAAGAAGCUACCACGAAAGUCGCGCUCAAGCGUGCCUCACUGCCGCUGGCCCUCAUGCCAUCGGCGCGCUAUCAUCCAUGCCAUCUGCGUUACCACACGUGUCGCUGUCGGAGCCGUCGGAUCCUCAGCCCCUCGCGACUCAUGCGAAGGCGUCCGUGCCAAUCAUAAACCCAAACACGCGGCCGCACACGAGCGAAACCCUAGUUUCCCCCCAUACCGCCCUCCCACGGUACCCCCCGCCUCCGGCCGCCGCCGGCACCCGUCUGCCCGCCGCCGACGCUGCCCGAGGCCCCGCUGGCGGAGCGUGUCGAGGGAUCGCCCGCGGCCCGCGAUCAUCCGAGCCCAAUCGCUAGAGGACGCCGGAGCCGCCUCGGAGCUCCGCCGGGGAAAUCUGGUCUCGUCCUCUGCCGGAGUGGAGGAGGACCUCCAGCAGAAGGAUCCGGUAGUGGGGAACGAGCUCUCAACACCUCCGAUUCGUCUCCCUCUCACCGAUUCGAUGUAUCAAGAAAAAGACUGUCUUUUCUGAUUUGUUCCGCUGAAUUUCGUCACUUUGGCUUGGUUAACCGAGAUCCAGUCGCAAGAGUCCGCAGAAGAACUCAAAUCCACGUGGGAGAUGGCGAAAUAUUUUGGCAAAUUCGCUCUUUUUGAUUUCGUGGUACGGUUGUGCCCAUGUUGUCCAAGCUUAGAUCCGCCCAAAAUGUAAGGGGCGUCGUUUGCUAGAUCUUUGAAGCUCAGGGAAGGAGCAGAAGCAGAUAAAGAUAGUAAAUUUAGCAAGAGAUGGCGCAAGCGAUGGAGAAGUUGGGAGGGACGAGCGAGGAGGAAGAGGAGGAGGGGAUGGACAUGGACGUGAAGGAAGAGGAUGACGAGGACGAGGACGGAAGGAUCCGGGCGAUGGUGGCCGGAGCCGUGGAGAUCAGCGGCGGCGGCCGGUACUUCCUCGCCUUGCCGGACCUGCCGCAGGAGUCUGGGGACCGGGCGGACGCUCCUGCGUCGGCGUCGGGAUCGGGAUCGGGAUCACGGCGGAGCAGGCCGGCGGAGGAGAAGGAGCGUACCAAGCUGCGGGAGCGGCACCGGCGCGCGAUCACCGGCCGGAUCCUUGCGGGCCUCCGCCGCCACGGCAACUACAACCUCCGCGUCCGCGCCGACAUCAACGAGGUCAUCGCCGCCCUCGCCCGCGAGGCCGGCUGGGUCGUCCUCCCCGACGGCACCACCUUCCCUGCUUCCCAGGUCGGGAGGCCCGCCGCCGCCGCCGCCGCCGCCGUCGCCAUCCCAGCUACGCCCACUGCCACAGCCGCCCCGCCGUCCCCUACUCCGCCCUUCAGGGGCAUCGCCCCCGCCGGCGCCCUCCGCACGCUGGACCACCCCUCUGGCCGUCUUAAGGGCGUCUUCACCCCUCCCAUCUCCGCCUACGACGGCCACUGCCGCAGCGUCGUCCCCGUGGCAGGAGCCAGCCGAGCUGGAGAAAAGGUCGCCGACAGCUCCCCUCUUAUCGGCAGCAGCACCGACUCCGGCAACGACAAGCAGUUGAUGGAUCUAAUCCCCAGUUUGCCGGAGCGGGACUUUGCAGGCUCCCCUUAUGUCCCGGUUUAUGUUAUGCUUCCUCUGGGUGUAGUCAAUACGUAUUGUGAGCUGGUUGAUCCAGACGGUCUAAUGGAGCAGCUGAAGAAAUUGAAAUCCAUAGGGGUCGAUGGUGUGAUGGUAGACUGCUGGUGGGGGAUAGUUGAGGCCCAUCUCCCGCAGCAGUACAAUUGGAAGGGUUACAUGCACCUUUUCCAGAUUGUGCGAGAUACAAAGCUCAAGUUGCAGGUUGUCAUGUCAUUUCAUGAAUGUGGAGGUAAGGUUGGAGAUGAUAUGUGUAUUCCUCUGCCUCAAUGGGUGGCAGAAAUUGGCAGAAGCAAUCCAAACAUUUAUUUCACAGAUUCAGAAGGAAGAUGCAACCCAGAAUGUCUUUCUUGGGGUGUGGACAAGGAAAGAGUCUUACUAGGCCGAACAGCACUUGAGGUCUAUUUUGACUUCAUGAGGAGCUUCAGGGUAGAAUUUGAUGAAUUCUUUGAGGAUGGUACUAUCUGUGAGAUUGAGAUUGGGUUAGGUCCUUAUGGAGAGUUACGUUACCCAUCUUAUCCUGUGAGGCAUGGAUGGAGAUAUCCUGGCAUCGGAGAAUUUCAGUGUUAUGAUUCGUUCUCGCAGAAAAGUUUGAAAAAAGCAGCAGACGCUAGGGGCCACUCUGUAUGGGCAAGAGGACCACAUAAUGCAGGUUCCUAUAACUCCCAACCUCAUGAAACCGGAUUCUUAUGUGAUGGAGGAGAAUAUAAUAGUCAAUAUGGUAGAUUCUUUCUUGGUUGGUACUCGCAAGUGUUGGUGGAACAUGGUGACAGUGUAUUAUUUCUGGCUAAAUUGGCCUUUGAUGGCUCAUCCAUUUCUGUUAAGAUAUCUGGUAUCCACUGGUGGUAUAAAACAGCGAGUCAUGCUGCUGAAUUGACUGCUGGUUUUUACAACCCAUGUAAUCGUGAUGGCUAUGCUCCAAUAGCAUCAAUGUUAAAGAAGCAUGGUGCAGCUUUGAACUUCACUUGUACUGAAUUGCACACAUUGGAUCACUACGAGGACUUUCCAGAGGCAAUGGCGGAUCCUGAAGGUUUGGUCUGGCAGGUACUGAAUGCUGCCUGGGAUGUUGGUAUACCUGUGGCAAGCGAAAAUGCUCUCCCCUGCUAUGACAGAGACAGUUACAAUAAGAUAUUGGAAAGUGCCAAGCCACUGAAUGAUCCUGAUGGACGGCACUUAUCAUCUUUCACCUUUCUUAGGCUAAGCCCAGUUCUCAUGCAAAACCACAACUUAUUAGAGUUCGAGCGCUUUGUCAAACAAAUGCAUGGCGAGAGUGUUCCAAUGUGUAGAUGACGAGGGGGUUGAAGCCCUAACUUGUUAUCAGCUUCAUCCCUCCCCGAAGGUAAUAUACUUCUUGACAGAUGUAGGACACCUUUGUUCAUUCGCUGUAGUAGCUUAAGGAGACUCUUUCCAGAUCAUGAAAAUAAUUUUUAUAAGCAAUGUCAUGAUGGAGCCAUAUUGCAAUUCCUUUGAUAUCUAUGAAAGAGGUGCUGUAUUUACUUGGAAGGAAAUGGGGAGCUCCAGUUCUGUAAAUUCAUUGUAUGUCUUAAUUUCCAGGAAAUGUCAACAAAGUCUUACGAGUCCACAACUUCAUCCUGCAAUCUAACCUAGUUAAACUGGUGACUCUCUGGGGUCAUCUUUGUUCAUACUCAAUGAAACAAGCAUAUAUAAUUGAUUCCGAAAGAUGUUA